AUGCUUUGGCAAGGCAACUGGGUGACCCAGAUCAUCCUCAAGAGAACCAGUCACAUUCAGGUCUACUGGCCAGAGCAGCUGAAGGUGACUGGUCAUUUCCGUCUCUUCAAGCAGGUGAAGGGAGGCUCCAAAACCUCCAUGUCGACAAAAUUGAAGGGAGUCUCUGAACCUUCUUCAUUAGAGACUGAAACUCCAGUGUCUCCAACUGAAGUUUCUAAGCCUUCUUCCAGGCCUAAGCCUUCUGCCAUCUAUUCUGAAAUGCCUUCCGAUAUUCCUCUUCGCCCCCACUCCACUCCCAAAAAGACCACCACCAAGCCCAAAUCAAAGACAAAAACCAAAUCUGGCAGGAUAUCAAUCCGGGCUGCACCCUUAGAAACUGGUGCUUCUGCAGCCCCUGCUCCUCAGAAACCACUUCCGACUGAAGCUAUAAAACCUCUUGAAGAAGUUCCACGUACUGAAUCCAGAGAAAAGACUCCUGUAUCAGAAAAGAUGACAUCUGCUGAACCAAAUCCUCCAGAAGGUCAAAUUGUCGACCUAACUGAUGAACAAGCUCCAUCGCCACCACCUGAAGAUUUAGUUGCUGAUGCAAUUAAAGUGGAUGUCAACACUGGACAAAUUGCUGCUAAGGGGUUCAUUCCCAAUAUUCGAGAUUUUCCCGCUGAAGAUGUGCAGAUCACCUCAGCCGGACAAGCCACGAAAACCAAAACUUCUGAAGCCACGUUUGUUGGUGCUUCAACUCAAGAAGUUCUUCCACAAAAAGAACUGUUACUGCUCUUCCGAAAGCUACUCAUCCUCCAAUAG